ACGUUUGAUCCGCCCACGCUAGGAAGGACCAAGGCCUUGGAAGGACCCAUCACUCUUUUCGACUUGUCUGGUGGCUCCUUCGAGGGGGUCUGGCUCUCCUCAGGCACAAUCCCGAGGGACGUCCCUCAGCCAAAAGGUCACGUGAUGAGAGAGCUGCUUCCCGUGAUCCUACAGUUCAAACCCAGACAGCACGCGCGCAAGGUGUCGACAACAGCGGCCCCGAAGAAAUGGCGGAAACUCGUGACGCAAAUGAACUUCUGUGGCAAGCUUCUGAGAAAGGCUCACUUCAAGACGUUAAAACGGCUUUGAAAUCAGGUGCAGACAUUGACUUUGACCACGCGGACUGUGAAGGAUGCAGUGGUACGGCAUUGUACGUUGCUAGCACCGUGGGUCACGUCGACAUAGUGAGACUGCUGCUCCGCAAGGGGGCGUCUUUGGUGAAAAGAGCCAAGACUUCAGCCGCUCCCCUCCAUGUAGCAGCGAUAGAAGGGAAGACAGAAGUGGUGGAUCUACUGGUGCAACAUGGUGCAACAUUGGACACACAGGACGGCUGGCAGAAGACACCACUCAUGGUUGCAUUUAGCUAUAAUCGUGUCGAUACUGUUCGAAGACUGAUUGAGCUUGGAGCAAGGCCUGAUUUAGUCACCGACGAUUACAUAGCCACGAUGUUGAAAUACCUUGACUGUGACGAGAGUUUGAAGCUGGUACAAGAGGCGAGGAAGACUAAGCUGUUGAGAUGCUGCAACCCUAAGUGUGGCAAACCUGACUACAGGUCAGCCCUGAAGCUGUGUGGCGGGUGUAAACUGACCCGCUACUGCAGCCGUGACUGUCAGAUACAACACUGGUCUGUCGGACACAAGAAGUGCUGUGGGCAUGACGUGUAUACUGGCGAGAGAUCAAACGCCCUCCAAACGUUCGUCAAGCACCUUCAGGACAAAUACCUCCAGAAUACUACAUCUAAAACAUAAGUGACUCCAUUUUCAUAAGUACGUUUGCAAAUCGUCAUUUUUAACAACGACAUGAAGUGACAUGUAGUAAAGUGACAGAAACCUUCAGCAUUUAUCUAUUUUGGACAAUGGAUAUGGUGCUUGUGUCAAUGUUUAAGGUUAUUGUUGUGCAAAGUGCCAAGUAUUGUUGUUUCACACACGUAAUUUGUCCAAAAGUUCGCAGGGUUUUACGAGACCUCCAGACCGUUUUAUUUGGCUUAUAUUGCAGAAGGAAGUAGAUGAGUUAAAGCGUAGUAUAAGAGUCAAAUCUUUUCAUUUGUUUCACGAAGAAAGGUUUGCAGGUACACCAUUUCCUUUCUUAUCUGUUGAUAGAUUACAAACAACGAGAAUAAGGUCGCAAUAUAGUUGUUAUGGUUCGUUUAUGAAGGUUAGACAUCCAGGUAAGCAAUAUUGAAAUACAAUUCAAUCUCUACAACUGGAUAAAAAACG